AUGGAGUACAGUGAGACAAUACAGCCCCACUUUCUAGGCAGAACUAGCCCUGCGCCUACUCGUCAAGCCCUCGUUCGAUCCUGGAGAUGGCAGAUCCACGCGGGUACGACUGAAGCAGCUAUUGGUGGGAUGGCUGCCCGCCCCGAGUCGUCUGGGUGUAUCUGCAUCAAGCGGAGCAACCAUGUACCGUGCGACGCUGUGAUUAUGGACGAGAAGACAUUCCGCGAGAGGUGUAUGACUCCAAAGGUUCCAGAACAAGUGGACACUGGCGUUAAAGAAGCAGUCGGAAGCAAGAGUGGCGCUCCUGUAUCCAACAAGAAUGGUCCUCACAAAUUGCCAACCGAGGCUACGGCGCCUAGAGUACCAACAAUUUCCAAAGCGUCGCUGUUUGACUUCUGA